GGACAGCACGAGCUCCAGCGGGACAAACACUCAAACGGUGCCCGCUUACACUAUUGCGCUUUUUCCUCACUAGACUUUUAUUGUGGAGGAUGCUGUGGUUAUCGCUUAGAGAGCACAAUGGAGUCAAGAAGGGCGGAUUAACUUUGCACUAUGAAUGACAGGUACCAUAAGGCGGCCCGGGAUGGCUACCUGGACCUGCUUAAAGAAGCCACAAGGAAGGACCUCAACGCUCCGGAUGAAGAUGGCAUGACACCAACACUAUGGGCUGCUUAUUAUGGGAACCUGGAGGCCCUGCGACUGAUUGUGGCGAGGGGAGGAAACCCAGACAAGUGUGACAUAUGGGGGAACACACCGCUCCACCUCGCAGCAGCCAAUGGUCAUCUAAACUGUUUGUUCUUCCUGGUGUCUUUUGGUGCCAACAUCUGGUGCCUGGACAAUGAUUACCACACACCGCUGGACAUGGCCGCCACAAAGAACCACAUGGACUGUGUCAGAUACCUGGAUUCUAUAGCAGCCAAACAGACAGGCCUCAAUCCUAAACUGGUCAGUAAGCUGAAGGAUCGGGCCUUCCGUGAGGCUGAGCGAAGGAUCAAGGAGUGUAUGAAGAUGCAGAAGAAGCACCAGAAGAGAAUGGAGAAGAAGUUUCACAAGGAAUCUUCGGAGGCAUCUGCUUCAGAUGCCAUGAGUUUCUCCAGUUAUACAGGCAGCUCUGUCAGCCACAAACUACGAAACUUCAACCCAGGAACUGUCAGUGUGCCAUAUUCUCAAGCUACUCUCCAUGCCACUAAUCGAGGCAAGACAAAGAUCCAGAAAAAGCUGGAGAAGAGGAAACAGGGAGAUGGUACCUUUAAAAUUUAUGAGGAUGGACGGAAGAGUGUACGCUCACUGUCUGGACUUCAGCUGGGCAACGACGUGAUGUUUGUCAAACAGGGGACCUACGUGAACCCCAAAGACCGUGGGCGCCGUAAUGUUCGUGACAUGUUCCCCAGAGACAAUGACGAUGCUAUCUCACGUGCCAUGAGUGAGCCAGACCUCCAUGGACCGGAUGUAGACUAUUCUGAGAUAAGCACUGAUUCAGGGCAUGAUUCUCUUUUUAACAGGCCAGGGCUGGGGACCAUGGUCUUCAGAAGAAACUAUGUGAGUGGGGGCAUGUUUGACCUUGGACGGAGGGAUGAUAUUAGCGUGGCACAGUCUAGUAAUACUGUUCGGUUGCGUAGUAGACUCCAGCCUUAUACCAGUAUGGAUGAAGACAGCAUAGGAAGUGCCCGGAGCCUUCAGGAGAGGAAUAUAGAGGAGCUUCCCUGGGACGAGGUGGAAUUAGGACUGGACGAUGAUGAUGAACCAGACUCCAGUCCUUUGGAGGUGUUUUUGGCCACUCAGAGCAUGAGCGAGUUCUUCUCCAUCUUCAAACGGGAGAAGAUUGACCUGGAAGCACUGCUGCUGUGCUCAGAUAAUGACCUUAAAAGUAUUCACAUACCCCUAGGGCCUCGCAAGAAGAUACUGGACGCCUGUAAAAGACGUCUAGAAACCAUAGAAGAUCCAGACGCUAUUGAGGACACUGAACUGUAAGUACUGACAGUCCAAUGUGACAUAGUAACCCUGUUACUGACAAGAUGCAUUCAGAGAGGAGCGACCAUGGCUUUAUGAGUCGUAAUAUCUGUUGCCCUGCAGAUAAUACAAUUAGCUGUUGGUCGUGAGCUCAUCCAGUUUAAAGGUCAGUGGAGAAUUAAGUGAAUGUCUCAAAUAAUGAUAGAAAUGACAAGGACUUUUGAUAAUUCAGUGUAACAAUGCACAAAGGCACCUGACAAAGACAACAGAAAAAUAAAGACAGUAUUUAUUUUCAAUCAGAGUAUAUGGGGUUCUACCAUUCUGUGGUGGUGCAGCCCAUGGAGAAAUUCUAUAGGGGUUUCCUGUGCUGCAUGGCCAAACAAACUGAAUGAGAGGUCCCCAACCGCAGUGCCAUCCUUUGUUCCUGUACGCCAUGGAGCACGGUUAACAGAGAGGUUAUUGUGGGCCCUACAUCCCACUAAUAUGUCGCCCCUGUGGGGUCAAUCUGGCCAUACCAUG